AUGGUCGACGCACGCCUCGACGACGCCCGAGAGGCCGGCAACAAGCUGCUGACCAAGGGCAACCGCUGGCGGACAAAGUACUUUGCCAAGGACGACGCUGCCCCCGACGACCAGCCCAAGACUAGGCGCGCCGACCCCUUCACGCUCGACGACGACGUCAACGACUUCCUGAAGCCCUCGACCGAGCGCGCCACGGCCCAGCAGCAGGCCGCCGCCGCCUUCUUCGCUGCCAAACCCCGCAUCGACGUCGCCCGCGCCCAGCGCUGGCCCACCGCCCACGACAUACUGAGCAGCGCUGCAGCGCGCGGCAAGAGCCCUGGCCCUGGCGGCUUGCGCACCGGCACUCGCAAGCGCGGCCUGACCGUCACCUUCUCCCGCUCACCGCCAGACGUCAUCGGCCAUGGCGGCGACGAGUGCGAGGAGCCCUCGCUCGACGUCUCGCGCCGCAAAAACGCCACCAGCCUCGCCGACCCCGACCCCGACGCUGACCCCCCGCGCCCCCACACCGUCCAGGACGACGCCAACCUCGCAGCCCGGACCCCCCACUUCAACGGCAUGGCGCGCUCCGACUCGCAGACCUCGCAGACCGCGCCUCCGCGAAACAGCUUCACACGCACCCUCACCAACCAGGCCGAGAUGUCGCCGCCGCUGCAGAAAAAGCUCGAGAUGGGCAACAUCAACACGUAUGCGAACCCCCCGCCCCCGCUCCCGCAGCGCAUGGGCCCAAUGGGUCUCGGCGAGCGCCCCAAGGUCCUCUCGAGGGCACCCACGGGCUUCGACCUUGUGCAGAUCGAGCCGCCCGCAGCGCGGCGACCCAGCAAGGAGUCUGCCUACUCUGCCUACUCUGCCUAUUCACAGGACUCGGACAACGUUUCGCCCAUUGUGGAGAGAAAGGCACCUGUGCUGCCAUCCACGCAGGAAGAGGACGACGGCGACUUCAGGCCAAAUCCACUCAGGCGGACGCAGACAGGUUUCACCGACAUAGUCGACGAUUCAGACAACUCCUCGCUGGACCACGCCCCGUCACCCCCGCAGAUGCCGCGGCUGCCAGAGAUGCGUUUUGUUGAGCAAGAAGAGGAAUCUCCACUGGAAUCGAGGGCUCUGCUAGUAGAACGCUUCCUGCAGAGUGAGCCGACUGAGCCAGACUCCUUCGCCGCAAAAGUGAAGAACAGAAUGAGGGCCGAGGAAGGACGGGCGCUGCACGAGGCACAACAGCGUGCCACGGAGAAGAAACGCGAUUCAGAUGCCAGCUCUUUACAGUCAGAUCCACUCCAUGUCGGAACGCCCCCGUCGGCCUACAAUGCAUACAUGGGAGGCAGAACACCGCCAUCAGCACCGCCAGUGCAGCCAACACACCACUCACCACACCAAAACCAACCCUCCCAACAGAACCAACCGUCACCACCGCGAGGGUUGGAUGCAGAAGACCCCUACCGCUCAAGAGCACGUGGGCCAUCGCCAGCACGCAGACCAAUGCCCCCAGCUACCUUCCCGCUGGAUUCGGAUGCCCAUCACCCGUCGCGCUCAGUCUCCACAGAUCAAAGCCAGCCCUCCGAUGCCCAAUCGUCGCCUGGAAGAUCAGAAGCCUUUUCAGCUACAACCGCCUCGUCUGCCCAACCAACACCGUCCACCACGGAGAAGACGCCUUUCUCAGCAAAGCCGCUUUCCUCUGCUGCAGACGAGCUUCACCUAGACACACCACAAGCUUUGCAGGCCCCCAAAGCGCCCGCGUCCGCGCCUGCACAGCCGCCACAGCCUCGGACACAGGGCGCUAUCUCGCAGCCCCCGAAUUCUCUUGCGCACUCGCAAGGUCCUGUUUUGCAGUCGCAGAGCUCUUUCUCGCAGCCAUACGGAUCACAAGGCUCCGUCUCGCACCCCGCAGAGCCAGCCUUCACCAUACGGCCCAGGCAGGAUAUCAGUAUGAGGCUAGGGGGCUCUCUCGCGCGAUCAGACACGAGGAUGCUUGGUGAUGCUGCGUUCAAGGAUUUUGCUGAGCGCGUCAUACACAUGAGAGGCAUUUUCCAGUUGACUGCACAGCUCGGUGGCGCAAUGUACGAUCGCUCACCCACACAGUGGGCCCGCGUUGCGACAUGGUGGUUCUUGAAGGGUCGUGCUGGCAUGGAGAAUCUCAUCAGGAGUCGGCCGAAGACUGCAGAGCCGCAACAGGAGCGCCUUACCCAGCCACAUGUCGAUCUGGCCAAAGCGUGGUGGAUCUGUGCUGAGGUCUUGCCCGAACACCCCGGCUUACGCCAGUACGCCAACCAGCCAGAGGAGGCCCGAGCUGACGCGGCUAGACAAGCCGGCGAUGCUGCCGCUACAGAGGCUUUCGAGAUCAAGAACGCCAUCUUCCACUACAUGAAGCUACUGACUGGAUCGAUGAAGAAGCACCAGAGCAUGCCUCCCACCCAGGCUCUCAUUCAAGGCCAGGACCAGUCGAUAUGGGAAGAGUACCCCAAGUUCGCCCCUGAUGCUGCGAGCGUACUCUCUGGCAUCAAGUACAAACAUACGAAGAACGGUGCACAGUCGCAGCAGCCAAGCCUGUCACAGCAUCUUCCUCUGACCGAUACGAAGCACGAGUUCUGCUUCUUCAGAAUGUUUGCCAAAGCCACCAUGUCGACUGAUGAUCCCAACACCGACCGUGUCGUCAUGUCUGUCGCCAUCACCGUACUCCGCUCCAAAGAGGAGUAUUCGACCAGGCUUGCUGUCUGCAGUCAGAACGAAGACAUCAACCUCAUCGUCGGGACAAACCCCGCCACGGGCCCAACUUGGAAGGACAUCAGCUGGAGGAAGCAGUCGCGUCAGCUCAGCCUCCAGCUACACCACGGAUUUGUCCUCAAUCUCGAACUGAAUGAAGGGGAUUGGCGCAAUCUGUGGGCCAUUGUAGACCACACCAAUCGCGUUGAAUCGAGCAUGAGGGAACGGGUCAAUGAACGCUUCUCUUGCAAGCUCUACCUGCGAGAAGCAGGUUACAAAGACCCGGCGAACCCGGCAGCCUUCCCGCAAGAGCGUGUCCAUGGCUGCAAGCUCAUGGUCUUUGAGAAGUUCGAACGCAGCAGCGAGGGCACGGGGAAGCGAAAGCUGCAUCGAGGCUACAGGCUGGUUCUCGUUACCGCGCAGAAGAACAAGCAACUCAGCUUCGUCGAGCACGAACUCGGCACGAAGCAAGAGCCGAUGAACUUUGAGUACGUUACGGAGAACGAUCAGUCGCCCGCCAUGAGGUUGCACUUCCGCGAAGGAGUAGCAGAGCAGCGACCUAGAGUGUGCACGGUGCAUCUCGUUUUCCAAGAUGCAAACGAUCGCAACCACCUCUUCGGCACUUUCACCUCCAUGAACAUUGCGCCGGGCGAGAUGACGUUCGCUCAAGUGCCCCUGAAAGGUUUCAGCAUCGAGAGCGCCGACCAAGCAGACGCGUUCAGCGCAGCUGGCAGCCGUGUGCUCGAGAUGUUGCAGUGGCAGGAAGCGAAGACGGUGAACCAAGACCCCGAGGCUGCGGGGUUGGAAGCCGCGCCGACUGUCAUGAGCGAGAGCCUGAGAAUCGUGUGUAGACACAGCGCUGGUAUCAUCUCGGAUCGUAUGAAUUUGGGUCCUGGCGAGAUCCUGGUCCGCCUCCCUACCGAUGGUGCUGCAGUCCUUACGCUCCUCCGUAACCCUCAGCAGGACAUGGCCGUAGCAGUCGACAGCAGUCGCACCGAAAAGGGCAUCCCCGAAGCACUAGCUGAACUGCUCCGCACGCUCACCAACGCAUCCACGAUCCGGCGUUUAGCAUUCAAUUCGUUCAAAGACCUGCACGCUUUCCAACUCGCAGUCACCGGCUUCGAUGUCAAGUUUGAUGGCAUCGCAAGCACGUUUUCCAUAUCCCGCCGCCGCAUGGUGGUCCCCAUCUACAAGCAAUGGACAGCCAACACAAUCCGUCUGCAAAUCGUGGAGCAGGACGGCCUAGUCCAACUCCUUGCCUUCUUCGAGGACUUCUCGCACGCCGACGCCAUGAACUUCCGCCUUUCGUCCAUGGACACAUUUGAAACGAAAGACAGCGGUGGCAAGUUCGGAGUCAAGCUGGUGGAUGCCAAGUUUGCUUUGCCUGUCGAUCAAAGGCGUGGUGAAGGCAAGAUGCAAAAGGCCGAGGGCAGGCUGACAGGCUGGGUGGGCGUGAAGAGGAGAUUUGUGUGUCUCGACGAGAUUGAGUAUCCCGGCGAGCACGAUGACAUCCUGAUCAUGUUCGAUUCUGCAGAGGCACGAGACCUCUUCGCCGAUGUGCUGCCUGCGGCCACCAUGGAGCGUAAAUUCACCGUUCGCCGCAAGAUAUAG